AUGCGCGUUAGCUUCCGCUUGGCGCUACGGAAACAACGCGACGCCACGGAUCUGUACCUCUUUCGACAUAGCCCACAAGAAGGGCCUCCAAUCAUGGAGCCACGCCUGAAUACGCUACUGGACAUCUCGAACCAAAGCAGCAUGUCGUACUUCACAGAGCCAUCGAACAUGAGCUCACCUGGCUCGCAACGACCAUCACACCACAUUAAUCACAGCUUCGUCCGCCCAAAAGCGCUCAUGCUAACGAACGCAUCUCCUGAAACCGCUCAGUCGAACGACCUCAGAAGAGACGGACAGGAGAGGCUAUAUGCCACACGAUCGAUGCCCAGUGCUCCGAUAGCACAGGUAUUGAACGAUGAGGCGAAUGUGCUCGAGGCUGCACAACCCGUGCCAUCCACCUUUGCCCCAUCAACAACACCUUUCAGUGGAAGGCUAGUUGAUUUACUUCUGGAUAGCCCGGAUCACGCGAGGCAAAGAUGGGAUCAAGAGCAACAGUAUCUUCAGCCCGAAAACUCAGGAUGCAGCCCAGCUGUCAUCAAACUACCGAGGUUACCGCAGCCUCCCAAGCGGACAGCGAAGCGACCUAGAAUCCCGCCGUUGCUACAGGGCUUGCAUCAACCUCCGCCACUGCCGCCUGAGGGCAGGCUCUUCCCACCGAUCACUGGGGAAAAGAAUGCUUUCGCGGGCGACAGAGGGUAUGAUGCACGUUUUGAAGAGUCCAGGACCAAGGAUGUGGACGAGCAUGCCUUUCUCGAAGGGAAUGCCAUGGAGUACAACAGGGCUAUUCAACAUGCCGAAACCCCGUCAUGUUCCCAAGCGUCAGUUCCGCCUGUAUCUUCUAGUGUAAUAGAUGUGGCCCAUGAGACAGAUGUAGCAACAAACGCCUCCAAGGACUCUGAAGCGCUGUUACAGCCCAAGCGUGGAAAGAAGCGAAACAAGUGGUCUGAACAAGAGACCAAAGAUCUGCUCCUAGGCGUCAGCAGGUACGGCAUAGGCAACUGGAAGAAGAUACUACAGGACCAAGACUUUGCAUUCAACAAUCGCACCGCCGUUGAUCUAAAAGACCGCUUUCGUGUAUGCUGCCCUGGUGAAGGUCUGAAGCCGCGACAGCCAAAGACCAAGGGAAAAGAGAAGAUAAGCCUAGUUGAGACACCACCGGAUUUGCCAGAUCAAGCCAUCUACACUCAUCAGCAUUCUCUUCCCAUUAGCGAACGCCAUUCUGACAUCAACCUCAUUUCGAAUUCCCCCAGCCCGACAGAGAACCAGCAACGUGGAGCUACUCGUAACAAGGCUACUACGCAGCUGGAUCUAGCAGAGCUCGGUAUUCGCGAACCAUUCUCAAAAACCACACGUCGACCACGCCGGGCCUUCAGCGCACGCGAUGACAUCAACUUGCUCAAGGGCUUUGAGAAGUACGGGUCUGUAUGGCACUCGAUGCGCGACGAUGAGGAUCUAGGAUUUGCAACUCGGCAUCCAACAGACUUACGUGAUCGAUUCAGAAUUCGGUAUCCGGACAAGUACGCCAAAGCAGGAUACAAACUCAAAGCAAAAGAGAAGGAACGUACAUUGUCAAAACAAGCACAAGAACAAGAGAAACAGGACGAUUCUUCGCAACAGCCAGACCACAAUCCACUUCAGAACCCUUCGCACCACGCGAAAUCAAGUCACUCGCAGAACGACAUUACCAUCUUAGCGAAAGACGUUCACCCUUUCAACAACAACGGACCAACCACAACCAUGCAAUCACACUCCCAAUAA